AUGCCAGGCUUGAACAUGCAGGCCACGCUUCCAGUUCCUGAAUUUGUUCCCAUUAACAUCAAUAUAAUCUACAGCAUGCAGAACCCAGUUGAUGGCAUCCAGUUUGUCAUAUCAAUGGAUGCGUAUCCAUAUUGCACAUGGGAUUUUGAGUUCGUCAUCCCAAGAUAUCUUGAGCAACAGGAGUCUGCACCCGAAGAUGACGGAGAGUUGCUGGAAGGUGAUAACUCCACCAUUGUGGUCUGCAGUGGAGAGCUUGUUGAACAGGUGGCUCAUUCUUGCAACUCGAGCAAGACGAUCUUCAUGUUUUCUCAGAACACAUCAACCUCCGUGCAGCACAUCGCUUUUGCUGCAGGGCCAUUCCACGUCCACUCCAUUUCAGCUGAUUUGAGUGCCACUGAAGACGUGUCUGGGACUUCACAACCUCUAAUGCAUGUGUUCUACUUCCCGGGUCAUGAAUCGCUGCUGGGUACUUUUGUAUCCUUCAUGCGAUCUGCAAUGAGCUUCUAUUCUACCGAGUUUAGAUCAUAUCCAUUCGGGUUGCACAAGCUCAUAUUCGUCGACGAGAUGCUGACGCAGUGGUUUGAUAGUGCCACACUUUCACUCAUCACUGUGGAUCUGCUACAGGGCAAAGAUGCGAUCGAUCAGGUCCUCAAGAUCCGCCAUUGUUUGAGCCAUGCUCUUGCAUGCCAGUGGAUUGGCAUCAACAUUCAGCAAAAGACGUGGUCAGACACUUGGUUAAUGAAUAGACUUGGAUUGUAUAUCACAGGACUUUUCAUCUGGAAGCUCAUGAGGAACCAUGAGUACCGAUUCCGAUUGAAGAAGGACAUGGAGUGCAUGCUCGAGCUCGAUAAUGGGUUCAUGUCACCGAUUUGCCAGCCACAGCUCUUUGAGCCUCCAGACCCAGUCACUCUGGCAUUCAUCAACCUUAAAUCACCCCUCAUACUUCACAUCCUCGAUCGGCACCUAGGGAAAUCUGGCACAUCCCUCGAAUUGUCUCGUGUCCUUCUCAAGGUGUUCUUGUCUGCUAUUAGCGGAGAGCUACCGAACAACACGCUCUCGACUCAUUUGUUCCUGAGGACUUGCCGCAAAGUGAGCGGCAUUGAUCCACAUUCGUUUGCAGAACAAUGGAUAUAUGGCAGUGGCUGUCCGAUGUUUGGGUUCUCUGCCACCUUCAAUUGCAAAAAGAUGGUGGUGGAGAUCUCAAUGCACCAGGAAGCCCCAGCAUUUAAGGUUCACGAGAACAAUGAGGUGACAAAGGUGCUCAUGAAGCCAGCUGCAGUGCUGUUCUUCGAGGGCCAGAUGACAAUACAUAUACACGAAGCUGAUGGCAUGCCUUACGAGCACAUCCUCAACAUCAGGAGUUCUUACAAAUGCUAUGAGGUUCCAUUCAACACCAAGUACAAACGUGUGCGGCAGAAUACAAAGCAGUAUCUUGCCUGUCAAGCUGCUGCACAAGCCACUGCAGAGGGUGAUGCAGAGGCUGUGGCUGCUAUGAAUAUGGUGAACAUGGGUUUCGUCACUGACUGGACUGAAGAAGAUGAACAGAACAUGGCUGGGCAGAUGUACGAGUGGAUACGGAUUAACACUGGCUUCGAGUGGAUUGCUGCUAUUGCCUUUGACCAGAAGGAUUAUAUGUGGGUCUCACAGUUGCAGCGCGACCGGGAUGUUGGUGCACAGUAUGAGGCUAUCCAGGUAUUGUUGAAGACACCAAAUGCCAUGAUAUCGAGCACAUUUGCCAAGACAGUGCUUGUGUCCAAUUACUACUUCCAGAUCCACUGCGAGGCUUCAUAG